UGGAGUACAUUCCCCUUACGCCGUGCAUGUUUACACGAAUGAGUAUAGAUGAAUGUUUACAAUAAAUUUUUAAAAUUUCGUGUAACUGGUUAAACGUUGCUGACAAGAUGAAUGUGGAGAGGAACCCAUCCAGCCUCAACUAUGUGGAAAUGCUGGUUGAAGAAAUUGCUUUGGAAGGAUUAGAUGGUAUUACUCUUCCCACACUCUGGCUGAGGCUGGAGGAUCGAAAGGACUUUCCUCUGGCAUUGGAUGAUAAGUCUAAAGCCUUUUUAUGGCAAGCUGUGGUCAGCAAAGAAGGAUUUACAUUUUACAAGCUCAAGGAACCUCGCCCAGACCUUGAAAAGUUUGAUCGAUUUGCCUACCUCUGUCCAUCAGAAGGCACCUACACAGAGCCUAAAAUACUGCAAGAAGACAUCUACCCAGUUGAGAUCAUCAACAAGGAUGGAGUGGUUGGAAGUUGUUCAACAUAUAAAACACGCACUGACAUCACGUCUUUAAUCAGAGGGAAAGAUGGGUCUGCUUCCUGUUCUUACACAGAAGCAAUGGAAAGAUGGGGUCAGACGCUGGUAAUUGUUGCCAGCCAAACUCAGCGAAGUUUUGCUUUGACUGGAGGGGUAGUCAAACCAAAAGGUUCACCACUCUUGUACUGUUUUCUGGAAAGAAUUGGAAGAGCUCGAUACAAUGGUGUGACAUCCAUUGGCUCCCCACAACUUAGCUUCAAAGCUUUCUCUAAAGCUGGAGGGAACAAAGGUGUUUUCAGCCUUGUAAAAACUUUAAUGAAAGAGAAUUAUGUUCUGAAGCAGACUUUGGUUAGGAGGGAAAGUUACCCAGUCAGCUCUAAUCUGGUUCACUUGAAACGCUUCUUUCGCACUAUCAGUAGUCAGAUGGUGGAAUCAGGCCAAAAGCUGUGUGAAUACCUCCAGUCAAAGUCUCAGCCUUAUGAGCUCACCUCAGUAGUCAAGAAACAUCUGGGAGUGACUGAAAAGCAACUAGCCAGUGUUGUGAGGGUCAAUGAGCGGCUGGUAAUAGAGAAAGUACCAGCUUCCUUACUCUUUUCUGAUGGAGAAGAUGGUGAUAGCUCGUCAAUCAUUGAAGGUCCUGAGAUGGUGAACGUAGUAAAACUGGUCAAAGGUGAAACUCAUUUUGGAGAUGAUGAAGAUGGUGAUGACAGAAGUGAUGAAGAAGAUUACGGAGGCACCGAAAAUAUGCAGAAAAAGUCAGAUGUUUAUAAAUGGAGAAAUGAGGAGUCUUUAAUCCGGCAGGUUUAUGAAGUGGUUGCUAGACAUGAAGUUGAUGGCAUAACGCAGCACGAUCUUCAGGUUUGCUUGGGACUCAGUCGCUACAACACAAGAAGCAUUCUUCGCUACAUGAAUGAGGCUGGACUCUUUCACUCCUUUGUUCGUGACGUUGGAAAACAUCGAACAACAUUUUUUGUGACCAAACCUAUGAUGGAGUUAUCAAACAAAGAUCAAAAGGAAGCUCUGGAAAAAUUCAAAGAGCUGACUACAGAUACAACAGAAGAGGAUGGUAAUGUUUCUGAGGAAGUGUCUUUGAUGGAUGUUGACAAAGAGAGGGAUAGUUUUGAAUCUAAAUCUGAUGACGAGGAUUCAGAGACAAGUGCCAUUCUUUCUCAAAUUCAAGUCAGCUUCUUGGAUGGAUUUCCUGUGAAAAUUGUGGAAGGUCCCAUCAAAACAGGGGAGGCCUCAGGGCGAAUGCUGCGCCGUGCAAUCACUCUACUAAACCUGGUGCAAAAACACAAAGUCAUUGACAACAUGAUGCAUCUUGCACAGAUCAUUAGGCAUGAAUCCCCUGAAGAGGAGGGGAUUGAAAUGUGCCGCAAAACCUUGCUACGCAUGAUAGACUGGUGCUGUCGAGAAGGAAAGCUGCAGAAAUACUGUGUCAAAUUGGAGAAGGACAAGAAAAUUGUACAUGUGCCACUGGUGUGUGCCAAUGGCAUUGAUAAUGAGCACAAGCGAGUGAAGAUGGCUAUACAGCAAGCCAAAUUGUGUCAUUUCCAUGGAGGAAUACAUAAGCGGUCUCAGCUGGGUGGCCAGAUGCUUCCAAAGUCCUUCUGUGACAGCAUGCUUGAGUGGAAUAAGCUGUUUAAAAAUCUGUCUAGUGGUUCCCCCUGUCAAAGAAUCAAAACGAAUCGCUAUGGCUCGAUGCCCAAGAUGCAGCGAGCCUCUAUUCUGCACAAGUACCUUUGGUACUUAGUGUAUGGCUUUGAGGGUUAUCAACACUCAGGCCAUAAGGGUAAUACAGAUGGUCAAGCACCUUUGGUCUCUGUUUCCACGUCUUCUCAUGGUACUGAUGGUGCAGAUGAAAUCUUUCAGCACUUAACAGACAAGGUGAAUAUGAAUGGAUCCAGUGCUUCUAUCCUCAGCCAGUUGAAGACUCCACGGGUUUAUCUAGAUGUGUGGGAUUGGCGGCGGUAUUUGCCACCUCUUCGAAAACACACAGAUGUACAAUCCAUGGUGGGGAGAACAGAGGGUGUCUGCAUGGUGGCUGACAUUAUUAUGCAUAUGCCUGUCUGUAUCUUUUGCCAGCUUAUAAGUCUCAAUUUCCAGGUAGAUGGUCUCAGUGAUAUUCUGGAGGACAAAGAUCUGCGUCUCUAUCCACUGUCACAUCUGCCAACUGCUAUGGCCCACCAGAUGAUGGAUCGUCGCCGCUCUCUUUUCAAUUUCAUGUACAACAGUGAUGUUCUUUGUCAGAUGGGGCUUCUUUCUUAUGGGCCAUUUGUAUUUCAAGACACCACCAAGCUCUUUAUGUACCUGCACAAGAGUGGUACAAUCUACGACACACGAGAAAGUCAACCAGGCUAUCGUUACAUUCGGCUGCCAGAAGGAGCAGAUUCCUUCCCACGCCUGACUUUCUCUUUCAAGAUCAUGGAUGAUGUUUCCAAGUACUGGACCAUGCUACAGACUGUCACGCUUGGCACCACUCUCUACGCCCGCCAGAUGGCAAAGCAUGACCAUCCUCCUGAUAAGAAACCGGCAGUGAGCUUGGAAGACUGCACAAAGGGACAUGUCCUUGAUGGAGUGCUUGAGGAUGGGACAUUGCCAGGAGACCAUGGAGGAGCAGGGGGCAUGGACUCUUCACUCUUCUUGAACUUGAAGCGCAACUGGUACUCUCAGAAAAAUCAACUUGACCAACCGAGCAGCGAAUUUCCAACUCCUUUACAAAAGCCUGGUGUGAAGCGGCGGCGUUUACAUCUUUCAGAGUUGUCUGAUACAGAAUAUAAACCUCCAAAAGGCAGUGAAGCAAAGAAGAAGAAGGCAUUAGCUAAAAAGGCUCAUGGCGAGAGCUCUAGAACACAUGCUACAGAAGAAAUUGAAGAAUCUUCAACAACAGUGUCUGGGACAUCUGUCGUCAAAACAAGCCAGGUCAAGGGGAACAAGGGAGGCAAAGGCAUCAGGCGUGUUGCUGGAACAAGGCACAAAAUUAAGAAAACGCGACUAAAUCCCCAGCGCAGAAAAGUAUUCGCCAAGAAGAAAAGAAGCAAAGAAGACUUCUUAAUGGACAAAGAGGAUGAGGAGGCCCUGAGGAACAUGGAUGGUGAAAGAGUGAGAUGGACUCCCAAAGAAAUGACUGUAUUGCUGAUGAGCCGUGUUGCUGGCCAGAUUCUUCUGCCUGGCCGUGAUGCAUUAUCAUGUCCUCUGAGUAAAUACACUCGAGACAUACUGCACCAGCGGCUGCCGAAUCUGGCAAAAGACAAGACACAGUUUGCAAUCACACGUAAACUCAACGUGUUUUUGAGAAAAGACGUGAAAGCACAGACUAGUGUUGCCAAUUAUAUUAUGCGUGCACAAAUGGACAAGAAGCUGAUGGCCAAGUAUGCUCACAACAUUUGUCCAAAAGGUAUCAAGCCGAAAGGAAACUUCUUUGUUCACUACAAAGCCCUGAUAAAUGAUCUUCUGGACAAGUUUUUGACGGAACAAGAGGACAAUCUUGGCCAUCUGCCUCCCACGGUGGGCGUCUUGAAGCGGGACUACCAGGUUGUGGUGAACAGAAAACCCCCGCGCUGGCAAGACGUCAGAACUAAAGCAGAUGUUUGCAAAGUUGCAGUCCGAGAUAUGCAAAUGACGCACAUUCUAAGCAUGGGAGAUAAGCAGGGCCGCAUGUUUGAGAUGUAUAGCACCAUGCGACAGUACCCGGACAGUCUGCUGAGCGAUGUCUUCGAUAAACUCAUGCGUGACAAGCUUAUCAUCAGGCCAAAGUUUUUGUCAAAGGGCAGGAAGCUUACAAGUGGCGCCAUACGCAACUCCAACCACUUCAGCACCACUAACAUGUAUUUUCAUAAGACCAGGUCACCAGCGGCUGUAAUUAGCCUUUUCACUCAAAGCUUUCAACUGUUUGACGAGCUACUGCAAGUGCACAGCAGAGGGGUACAGAAUCAUUCACAUCAGAUCCCCACGGAGGACACUGCCAACAGAGAGGAUGAUGGUUACCUGUGCCUGACGGGCGCCAUAGAGGCGGGCGCUGUGUCCAGCAUGAUCACCCUGACAGCUCUGAGACAGGUGUCUCUGAAACUUGAACUCCCCACAGAAAUAUUUCGCCUGUCUGAUGCAUUCCACAACCCUAGACUGCGAAGAGGAGUGCUGGCCAAACAGUUGUUGUCUAGUCGUUUUGAUUUUGGUGAUGACAAUGAUGAUGACGAUGAUUUUGGAGAAAAUAUUCGGAAAAAAGGGUGUAAGAAGACACUUGCAGGAGAUGCGUCUUCACGUCUGCCAGGGCUGAUGUCAAAGGCUUCAUCGGCGAGGUCCGCUGAAAGAGGAUCAACUAGUGGAAGAGUGGAGAGGAAAAGAAAAAGAGAGAUCGUGGAAGAAGGUAGUCAGGAUGAAGCAACAAGCGACAGCCCUCAGUUCAAGUUGAUGAAGUUGUCAGAUGCCGAGGAGGGCUCCUUUGCGAUGCCCGAGUGCACGGCACAGCAGUACAGACAGCAGGCCGUGCUGGAUGAGGGGAACAGAUGUAGGAACAUGUUGCUGGACAAUGUCGCUGUUCAGUUUGAAAAGACCUCCGCGUUCUCACAGGAUUCAAAAUCGUUGGACAGCCGUGGAAGAUCCUGCGGCGCGUCUUUUACGUUGAUCUCGCUCCUUCGCAUGAGCAAGGAGUCCGAGAAGGACCCGCGCAUGCCCAGCAAGGUGGACCGCUUCGUAGUUAACUCCCUGGAGAUGCGCAUGCGCCUGCGAGAUCCUCCAGCCGCCGUGGCUUCUGGGACAGCGGUGCAGCUCCCGGUGGCAGAAGUACCGGCUACCUUGUCCCAGUCGGUGGUGCAGAUUGCGAGAGCUGAUGGAACUCCUCUGUCGACAAGUGAAGCGUCGAAGACUUCUCUGAGUUUACAAACUGCUGCAACACCUGACAGAGAAGCGGGUCGAGCACAGGGUAGCCAGUUGCUGGUGGACAGUUCGGUCAUGGAGAAAAUCGUCCGCAGGCAGCAAAAGUUGCUGCCAUUUUCUGUCGACAUGGAGACCCUGUGGAAAGAUCUGGAGCAAACCAUCCCCGCUGAUGACCUUGCCAUAUGCCAGACCUUAUACGCCGACAUCGAUGAUGGUGGGAUGCUUGGACGUACUUGGGGAGAAAUGCAGCGACGCGUCAACAAUGUUGAAGCCCUGAGGCGCUGUUUGGAGGUUCUGAUAGAGGCUGACGCAGUGGUGAGGGUGGGCGUCACGUCGUGGCGCUACGUCAGCUUGCCGCAGGCGCGCCCCUGGCUCAUCUGCACGCUCAAGAACACGCGAGGGCGCGGCCAUCUUCCCGCAGCAGACGACCAGGUCUGUGUAAGUCUGGAACCAGCAGGAGAGGCGGAAAAAUCCAAAGCUGACAACGCUUCGCAGGGUACCCUGAAUGCCUCGAACAACGAGAGCGGUACACCGUUACCUCAACAUCCCAAGGGACAGAACCCAGCGCAGAGCAUGGAGGCAGAGGACAGCAGUGGUCGCCCUUGUACGUCGGCCGAACAAGACACGGUAGGUUCGGCCAGCGUGGAGGACGGACUGACCACAGCUCCACCAGACCCUGCCGCUUCGGACUCUACACCCGGGGGAGACAGCAGCCCGAGAAAGCGGACAAGAGCUGUCAGAGAGAAACAACAAACAACAGGCGGCUGCUACGGCGGACAGCGAUGCAGGGGAGGCCACUCCAAACAGCACUUACGAGAAGGUGCGGCUGGUGGGGCGAUUUUGGCGUAAGCCGGAAGGUCACUUACACCGGUCUGUGCUGAACUCCUACCUGGAUGCUGUCAUGUGGUACCUCAUGAACCACCCUGGAUGUUCUCUCGCAAAUCUUGUGGAGCACUUCAAUCCCAUCUUCACUCCAGUUUCUAUGCAGGAACUGCUGGAGAUGCUUCUACAGUUAGGCUGUGUGACGGAGACCAAGAUGGCCGCCACACAAGGGCCUGUCACCGCAUUUUCUAAACGACGACCGGCAGAGAUUCUUCAGACACCAGAGGCCUGUGCCCAUCACGUGAGCAAUGUGUAUUACGAGCCGACUAUUGAGUGCACCAUCCGCCUCGGACAGUUUCUGCAAUUCCUCAAGUGACCUGCAAUACGAUGCCAGUCACAUCAAACCUUGGCGAGCUUGAGAAAUGAGAGACAGCAGAACUGUGCAACAUUGUACAGACAUCUCUAGGACAUCGUGCUGGCCGGGCCGUCCUAUGGACUGAAUAGACUUGUCGCGCGCUUGUUGUUGUUGUUUCGUUGUUGUUUUUUGUGUAUACGUUUGCUUGUGCGUGAGAGAAAGAGUACAUUAUUCUAGAAGGGUCUAGAAAGGUUAAAAUUUGUUCGAUAUUUGUUUUGUAUUCAGAUGAACUGAGAUUGCUUGUAUUUUUAUUUCCUAGCGUGCGCAUGCAUGUAUUUGUCAAUUAAAAACAUAAUAUGAAAUAUCUUAAAAUGGCGUCGUUUUCGUGCGAGAAUCCAGCACAGAUACUUUAACUCGCGCUCUCUCGGGAACAAUUGCAACAAUCUGCUAGUCCUCGUGGAUCCUCUUAAGUGCACGAGCUUCGGUGAAGGUGAGAAACCGGCGAGUGCUGCAGCGAGUAGAUCAUGAGACGAAGACAGCGGAUGGCACGUGUCCAAGACGGUGGUUCAGGUAGACGUUGUUGUCAUGCGAUUCGCUAACCCUGACACAUGCCGACUUUUGUAGACUCUUUGAAAUGCAGGUGCUAUAGUUGGCAUUCGUGAAUUGCUGAUCGCUUUGCUGCAUUCUGCUGUACAGAUGUCAUUAAACAACCUCGUUGUAAUUGUGACAGUAAAUUUUAAAUGCAU